GCGACUUCAUUUGAGUAAUUUUUGUGUUGUCGUGCACGCCACUUGGUCUUUUGGCUUUAGUUAACUACAGAAAGUUAAUUUGUUUCCAACAAAAACAUAUUUGAGCGUUCAAAAAAUAAAAGCCCAACUAAAAAAGUGUGCUGCAGCUUCUGUCACAAUAUUUAUUAACAUUUCAUUAUCAACAGUUGCGCAAAAAGUUUUGUGCAAAAAAAUAAAAAUAAAUAUUACGCUGUGUUUUUAACUGUCGUGAACGCGCGCGUGUGUGAAAAGUUAAACAAUCAUUUUCAACAGCAACAAAAACAUUUAAUUGCAAUUAUUUAAAAGCAAUUGUCAAAGCAAUUUCAUUGUUGUCGCAUAUGCAAGGCCAACAAAUACGAAAUAAAAAUAAACUAUACAACAAAAGCAGUUAAAAGAGAAUACAAAUAAACAGAGAAUUAUCCAAAUUUGGAUUAUUAAUAGUGUAUAACAAAUUAUUUGCGCCGUUAGCAAUCAGAUAUUCUGUAAAACAGAUACAUUCACAACAACAGCAAAUUACCAACAACAGCAACAACUAUGUCGAGUGCCAGCGUACGUGCUCCCCAAAUUGCCGACAUUUGCAGUCCAUUGGCUCAUCACAGCUUGGGUCUGUCUGCCUCGUUGCCCGAUUUGGUUGGAAGUCCGUUGGAGAUCAACAUGGACAACGUGCUGACCAUUGAGGAACUGCGCCAGCACAUUGGCUCCUGCUUUACGUGCGGCGUCUCCUGGACCGAUGAUCAUGUCUCGUUGGAUUGCAGCGAAUGUGGUGGCUAUAGCCUAGAACGUCCCUGCCCCCUCUGCGAUGGACAGUGCGGUGUGCAAUGGAAACGCGACUUUGCCAUGUCGCAUGCCUGCUGCAAAGCUCGUUGGGUUGGCGUCUGCUUAAGUUUUCCGGAAGCAAUGGCCGCUGCAGUACAGCAACUUCCCGUGGCUGGCAAUGCACCGGCGACUUCCUGCUCUGCCGCUGCGGCGCAUCAGCUCCGUCUGGCGCAGGAGUUGUGCUCGCGACUGGAGCAGCUGUCGACGACGUCGGCAACGGUGGCCAAUAAAAUAACACGCCUUUGAAGCGCCUCAUCGCGGAGGCCUCCUCAAUACAGUGUUCCUUUAAUUAUCUUUUUGGCGCCAACUAAUAACCGCAUAACAUCAUCAGCCAUAAGCCACAUGCCACCAGCCAAACAACAAGUCCACAUUUUAUUUAAUUGCUGCAUUAACUGCUCACUCGCUGGAGAAAUCAAAAGAGAGCGGAGAGAAGAGGAGAGCGAGUGGGAAUCUCUCACUUCAUGUUUAAAUUUAGUGCUUAAUUUCUAAGCUUUUGUAGUUCUUAGUGUUUUCGCCUUUAUUUUAUUUUUUGUUUGUAUAUUUUUUUUAUUGUUGUUUGUACGCGUUGAGUUUUACAAUAAGUUCUGCAAUGUGUUGAAUUAGCGUUAAGCGGUUAAUUAAUUAUUUGUUUGCAUUGUAAUAAUGGCACAACACACACAAACACAUACACUUAUAAAAGAAAAGGAAGUAGUAGUAGAAAUAUAAAAGAAGACUACAUUUAGCUUAAACUUAAAUCAAGUUUAGGCAAAGCGCAGUGAUAACGGUGAUAUUAGCCAGAAAUGAGAAAAACAUAUACGAAAGUUUGAAAACAAAUAGUGAACUUAAUAUUGUAGCUAAACGAGAAAGAGUCCAACGAUAUAACAAUAAUUAUUGUUAACAUUUAGUUGUUGUUGCUUUUUGAACAAGAAAAAAAAACAAACAAAAUGCCAAAUGUUGUGCACAAAUCAAAAAAAAAAAAUACAAGAUUAAGAAAACUUAGAAUUUAUGAAAUAAUAAUUGUUGGUACACAUCCCGUUGGAAAAUUCGAAUCUUCCAUAGAAUGCAGAAUGCUCAACACGAUUGCCAGAAAACAUUACAGAAAGAAGAAACGCACAAGCAAAAAAAAGAAAAUAAGCAAA